AAUCAUUAAACACUGCUAUCAGGAAAGCAUCGUUCAGACGACAGGACACCAUCUCAACACGGAACUGACAAGACACUCGCCAAGUGUCUGUCCUUUGAGAAUAGAAAAACAAAGUCUCGUCCUUUAUUACAUCAGUCUUUCUAUACGAGGUCAGUUAGUUCAAAAGUAAUUGUCCCUCCCUAAAUUUGAGAUCUACUCUAAAUUCUGUCCUAUUCAUAAUACGUCUAGGGUUUGUGGUGUUUGUUAGUGGGAACUGUGCUCUCUGAGAGGAUGAGGAGAGGAGUUAACUGCAGCUGGUUAGGAGCAGAGAUCCCGCUGUCCUGGGAGUUCUUCAGCGUGAUCAAGGAUGAGCUAUGGCUGUUUCUCAUUCCUGCUGGGUUCGCUGUGAUCAUGCUGGCCCUGUUCCUAGAAGAGGUGGGCUUCUUCCUGCGUCACGUGCCCUACUCCAGACGCCGGCGCCUCUACCUGUGGAUACUGGGCAUGUACCCGGUCUUUGGCUUAACCUCAAUCAUUGCGCUGUACGUUCCUCGCUCCUCCUCACUAUGUAGCUUCAUAGCUUCUCUGUACCACUCCAUUACUUUGCUAAAGUUUAUGGGGCUCAUCACAGACUUCUUUGGGGGUAAGGCCCGCAUGCUGGAGAUCUUAGCUGGAGAGCAGGUGUCUCCGGAUCCGUUCCCAUGUUGCUGCUGCUGCUGCCUCCCUAUGAUAGCCAUCAACAGGACCAGCCUGGGAUGGAUGAUGGCUGCUGUGCUGCAACUGUCUGUGGUCAGAACCAUCCUGUUCUUUGUCACUCUGGUCCUCUGGACAGAUGAGCAGUAUGAUUAUGGAGAUGUGGAUUAUGCCAAUCCCAAUAUGUACAUGAAUGUCAUCAUAGGCGUGUCUACCUUCUUGUCCUUCUAUGGCCACCUGCUGUUUUACAAGGCCACCAAAAAGGCCUUGCCUGGCUAUGGGCUGAGGGCCAAAUUUGUCUGUAUCAUUGUAGUGUUGGUGCUGUGUGGCCUUCAGAGUGGAAUCCUGGAGACCAUGGGGGCCCUGGAGGUGGUGCCCUGCACCCCUCCCUUCUCUGUCCUCAUGCGUUCCCAGCUAAUUUACCACUACUCUGUGAUUGUGGAGAUGUUCUGCAUAUGCCUCUUUGCCCGCCACACUUUCCGUAAAGUGGAGCCUAGUCUAGAGGAGGGCUUUGGGCUGGAGGAGAGGCCCCCGAGAGGCAUGCUGAUGGAGAAGGCGGUUCAGACUGAAGACGUGGUGCCACUCAGGGAGAACCCCUGGCCUUGCUGGGGCGGCGCCAGAGUCUCCAAUCCCGACUGUAGUAGUGACAGCAAUGAGGACAGCCUCUGUAAAGUCGAACACGCCCCUUUGGAUUGCUUCCCUUUCCCUCUUCAACCAAGACGUCAAGAGACGGUGAGGCCAGAAAACGUAACUGAUGAAAGUGGCACUUUGGAGUUGCCCAAACUGACUGUCACUGCUGACAUCAAUGUUGUAGAGUCUAGAAAUGUUACUGUUGUAUGACAAUAUGGAAUGUACUGUCCUGGAAUCUCCUGGUGGGAAGACAACAUAGGGGUCACCUCCAGAAAAUGGAAGAAACACACCACACCGCUUGAGGUACUACCUUAACCAGUUUGUUCCUUUUUGCGUAUAUUGACUGAGACUCUGGCUCUAUCCAUUCUAUCUAUUCCUUAGCUGAAUGAAGUUGGUAGCUACUGGUGUGAUAGGCUGUGAUUUUUUUAUUUUUUUUCCUACCCAGAUUUUUUUCCUACUUUUUAUACUCUACAUUUUGUUUUGCAAUGUUAUCUCAAAAAGCCAAUAAACUCAUUUUUAAAACGCC